UGUAAGGGUCGUCAGUGACAGUGACAGAAGUAAAAAAAAUAAUUGAAAGAAAUAUGGUGUGUAAGCCUACAGUCACAAUUGAAGGCGAUAUAAUGGCGUGCUAGUGACAGUUCGAUUUGAGUUGAACAGAAUACACCGAGCCCCCAACAUGCGCUCUAAAAGAUGGCCAAGUUUAAAAUGGGGCCGCCACCCAAAACAUUGUAUCUGGAAAAUGUUGAAGUUGCUGGGAAUCAUCUUGGUACUGAUGGUGCUCAUCAUCCCCAUACGUAAUGCCAUUCUUCAGUUUGUUCUACCUGGGAUGUGGCUGGAACACAGCUCCUUGUUUUUAUUAAAGGUACUGCUAGAUAAUCAAAGACUACCAGUGAGUGAAACCCCUCUUGGAGAGAGCCCUAUUCAACUCAAGAUCAACCUGGACGACAUCAAAAGCAAAUUCACCUCACGGGAAAAAGCUUACUCUAAAUACUAUGAAAGGGUUUCCUACUUGAAGCAGGAGUCAGACGUGGCGGCCAGCGAGGAGCUGACGGAGCUGCUCAAGUUCCAGCCCAUGAUGUCGGAGUACGAGAGAGCCGUGGCUUUUUUCACGCUGGACACCUUCAUUCAGGCGUGUGAGGCGGCCAACUUGACCUACUUCCUGAUCUCUGGCUCGCUACUGGGGUCAGUGCGCCACCAUGGCAUGAUACCCUGGGACGAUGACAUCGACAUCAUACUUAACGCCACCCAGUGGCACCGGGUGCGCAACGUGCUGGGCAACAUCCAAGGGUUCGAACUUUUUUCUCCAGAUAAAGUCCAGUGGAAGUUUUUCAUGAGCUCUCUACCCAAAGGCAAUAGGCCAUUCAAGUGGCCCAACCUUGACCUUUUCUUCUUUAAUGAAGAUGAGACUCACAUAUGGGCACAGACAUGGGGUGCUAAAGCCUCACUGUGCAGUAAAAAGACAGACAUUUUCCCCCUGGGUAGGAGGAAGUUUGAGCUGUGGAACAUGCCGGUGCCUAGGACCUCCAGGGCGCUGGUGGCGGCUGAGUUUGGAGAGUUCAGCUCAGCCUGUAAGACAGCCAGCUAUGUUCACAAGACCAACGUGGCCUACCCCUCCACCAGCUUGUUUGAUGUGGACUGUCACAGGCUGCACCAUGUCUUUCCUUUUGUCUUCCUUGAGAGGGGUAAACCAGGCACUGUUAACGAGCUGCGCAAGGUCGGGGGUCAGCUCGUGGAAAAUAUUAGUCUUAUACCUGAGGUGUAAUCAAUACUAAUAUUAGUCUCAUACCUAAAGCUGAAUUCAACACAAUACUAGUCCUAUUGUAAAUUAAGCAACCUUACAUGAUAAAUCAUUCGCGUAUAUCAAAAUGGCAUGAUAAAUUAUUGUAGUGCCUAUAUUGACUGAUUUUUCUGGACUAUUGCUAUUGUAGGUUAACUAGGUUUUAACAUGGUUCAGUUUUUCUGAUUGAAUGUGUUCACUAUGCAGAGUCAAGUUACAACAGGUUUUUAAUUAGUAAUAUAGUUGUUGAUUUUAAUGAGUUCAUUGCACCAAAACUAAAAUGUGAGGAAUUAGGCCUCUGUACUGAUGACAUUGUUUCUGUCUGUGAAAUACCUUGUUGAUAAAUGACUUCUUCUAAUCAAUCAUGAAAUUUAUGAUCACAUUUUUACUAAUCAAGAUCAUGUUAUUUCACUCAGCUGAUUAUUACAGCUUUGUAAUGCACCAUGCUCAUAGUCAUGUUCAUAGUUUAUUCUUGUUCCUAGUUUAUUUUAGUCAUGUUCAUAGUUUUGUCAUGUUCAUAGCUUAUUUUUAGUCGUGUUCAUAAUUUAUUUUUUGUCAUGUUUAUAGUUUACUUUUUGUCAUGUUCAUAGUUUAAUUUUUGUCAUGUUCAUAGUUUAUUUUAGUCAUGUUCAUAGUUUAUUUUAGUCAUGUUCAUAGUUUAUUUUAGUCAUGUUCAUAAUAUAUUUUUUAAAAGUGAAAGCUCAUGUCAAGCCUCCAUACAAAUGGUGGAUGUCAGUUCAACAUUCGACUCCAUCUAACUCACCUUGUCUACUGGUGUGUGUGUGUGUGACCUUGAUCUCAUGUCAAGGCUCAAUAUGUCAGUUCACACACCUAUUCAUCUAACCCACCAUGUCUACUGGUGUGUUGUACAAUAUUCUGAUAUGAACCAAUUAAUCUUCACAUAUUUUUGUAGCAUACUUGAGAGAAAAUGUUUACCCAAGGAACAGUUUCACUAUAUUGCUGUGUUCGUUUAUUACUAUAAUGAAAAUGAUUUCUUAUCAAAAGUCAGACUUUUAUAACUUUUAUACUGCAUCAUACUUGUAUGAUACUGCUGACACGAAAUGCUUAUUAUGACCGGUAUAAUGAAGAAUUGUUUUGUUAUCAUGAAUGUUUUUUCUUUUCU